AUGCCGAGCGCUAUAGUCACAGGGGCGAACUCGGGAAUCGGGCACAAAUUCGCCAAGAUCCUCAUCCGUGAAGGCUACGACGUACACGCCGUGGACGUGAACCAUGGCGACAAACUCCGGAGUCUUUCAUGUAAGACAUCCCAGCUAGACGUCUCAUCGCCGGACUCCAUAGCCGCGUUCGCCGAGUCCUUCGGCGCCGAGCCGCUGGACCUGCUGCUCAACAUCGCGGGGACCAUGGCGGCGACGCACGACGCCGACAGCCUGGAGCACGUCGACCACGCCACCCUGGAGUGCGUCUUUGGCGUGAACACGUUCGGGCCCUUGCUGCUGCCCCAGGCCCUGCUCCCGAGCACCCAUGCGUUGGAGGACGCCGUCGAGCCCGAUGAGGCCGCCGAGAAGCUGUGGCGCGUGCUGCUGGAGAAGGAGCUCGAUGACUCGGGCCGCUUCUGGCAUCGGGCGGGGCAGGAGCUGCCUUGGUAG